CAGUAAAAGAAGAGGCUGCCAUAUUGCAGUGAUACAGCGAGUUUAACAGACUGAAUCUUGAGCGCACUUGGCUGUCUGUGGAAAAAAAUGCUUUCUGCUCAUAAUUUUGGAGACUCGGGGAAGAUGAAAGACUACCAUUAUACUGGUCCAGUAGAGCACCGGUUUUCACCUUACGCUUUUAAUGGAGGAACUGUGCUAGCUGUUGCUGGGGAAGACUUUGCCAUCGUAGCCUCAGACACCAGGCUGAGUGAAGGCUACUCAAUCCACAGCCGAGAUUCACCAAAAUGCUACAAGCUGACAGAUACAACCGUUAUUGGCUGCAGUGGUUUCCAUGGUGACUGUCUGACUCUAACGAAAAUCAUCGAUGCCAGACUAAAGAUGUACAAACACUCAAACAAUAAGACGAUGACCAGUGGAGCCAUCGCAGCCAUGUUGUCUACCAUCCUGUAUGGCAGGAGGUUCUUUCCCUACUAUGUUUACAACAUCAUUGGAGGACUGGAUGAAGAGGGCAAGGGUGCUGUGUACAGUUUUGACCCAGUGGGCUCCUACCAGAGAGACACCUACAAGGCCGGAGGAUCAGCAAGUGCCAUGCUACAGCCGCUACUAGACAACCAGAUUGGUUUCAAGAACAUGGAGGGUGUUCAGCACGUUCCUCUGACUUUGGAUAAGGCAGUUCAGCUGGUCAAAGAUGUCUUCAUCUCGGCUGCGGAGAGAGACGUCUACACUGGAGAUGCCCUUCGGGUCUGCAUCAUCACUAAGGAGGGCAUCAACGAACAGACCAUACCACUGAGGAAGGACUGAGGAGGGAAAUGUUCCUCUGUCUCAGCUUUCCUCUUUUUGCCCUGUUCUUUCCAUAUUCACACUGUUGAUUUGGCCCCUUAACAUCAAUUUUUUUAAAAGCAGGAAUGUUGAUGCUGAAGUUGCUUCCAGUGGCCUCUUAAAUCGGGCUCUCUGAUAUUAGUUCGCUGUCUACAUUCAUUUCAAAUUGAUGCUCUUUCCCUGUUUUCUAUAAUUAUUCCCUUCAAUUUUUGCUGUUAUUACAUCAUUUGUGGAUAUGCGACCGAAUUCUAGAUCAGCAUUCCUAUUCUGAGAAGCAAAUUCUUCACUCACACUUGCCUAGACUCUACCUGUUUUAUGGGGAUGCAUACUCUGGUGUUAUUUUUACAUUCUUAAUAAAUGUAAAGAACUGAAAA